UUGUACAAAAGUGGGAAUUUUCAAGAAACUUGCAGUAAGGAAGCAAUGCUUCAGGAGGAGGGCUAUUCUUAUGAUCUGACAUUCCAGGAUUUCACCGGAACAUAUGAAGAGGUAUUUCCCAGCUUAAACCAAUCUUCAGACUUUAAAGGGAACUUAACACCAGGUCCCACUAGGAAUGCUAUAAAUUACUCUGAGACUUAUGAACCUCCACUUCUUGAAGAGCUGGAAAUAUAUCCUGAUCAAAUAAAACGAAAAGCUUUAGUAGUAAUUAAUCCUUUUGUGACGGUGGACGCUCACCUGAUGGACACCGCCGAUGUCGCUGGACCUUUGUUCUUUAUUUUGGCUUACGGAGCCUUCCUGCUCCUCAGCGGGAAGUUGCACUUUGGUUAUAUCUACGGCGUUGGCGUGAUCGGUUCAUUUUGCACGUGGGCACUUCUAAACUUAAUGAGCCUUAACGGAAUCUCAAUUUGGUGUACCUGUAGCGUGCUGGGCUACUCCCUACUGCCAAUGGUCCUCUUAUCAUCUUUUUCAAUCUUCUGGAGUUUAAAGGGCGUGUUUGGACUAACUUUAGCGGGACUCUCGAUUCUUUGGUGCGCCAUUUCUGCGUCGAGAAUAUUCGUUCAGAUUCUUUCCCUACAAGAACAGAGAUUGCUGAUCGCUUAUCCGUGCGUUUUGGUGUAUGCCGUGUUCGCCUUGAUGACUAUUUAUUAA